CAGCCACACAGUGAGGCUCGGUGUUGGAAAUGAUCAGCGCGCACAAGCAGUAGAUAUUUGUCAAAUAUUGUUCAAAUUCAACGAUGGAUCUAAGUGGAGCCCAACAAAAAGCAGAAGUAAAAACAGUGAAAUUUACCGACCCAGACGGGCAGAAACUGCCACUAUUAACAAUCGGAUACGCCAAGGUGUUCCCAAUAAAAGGACUUCAAGAAAACUUCCACAAACUCCAAGAUUUGAAGUUCAAAAAUGAUGACAUUAUCGUGACGGCAUAUCCACGAUCAGGUAUGCAUUUCAUCUGGGAAAUCGUGCACAUGUUAAAACAAGGCUCAUCCGAAUACAUAAACACUGAUAAAGAAAUUGAAUAUCUAGAAAUGUUUUACUGCAACGAUGUCGCCAGCAAAUCAGACCGAGUCAUCAAAACCCAUUUACCACCAGAGUUGAUGCCGACAGAUUACAUGAACCGGAAAUGCAAGUUCAUCCAUAUUUAUCGUAAUCCCAAGGACACUAUGGUGUCACUAUACAAUAAAUGGACGAAUGCUAAGGAGCUCCUUGGGUACACUGGGACGUUUUCAGGCUUUUUCGAGCUGGCAAUGGAAGGCCACAUUGAGGCUGGGAAUUGGAUUACAUUUGAAUUGAAAUAUGAAGAGUUUUUCAAAAUCAACCCGAACGUCAGAGGUCUAAUGAUGAGCUAUGAAGACUUCAAACUGAAACCAAUUUCCAGCAUCAAGAAACUGUCAGAAUUUCUGGAACUUGACCGAGAUGACGACAUAAUCGCUUCCAUUGCCAACGCCAUGUCAUGUAGUACGAUGAAAGCCGCAAAGCUACCCGAGGACAACAUGCGAGACUGGAAGGACUGGUUUACGGUUGCCCAGAACGAGAGGUUUAACGAAGAAUACAAGCGUAGAAUGAAGGACUCUGCACUGUACAGCAAGGAUGUGUUGUAAGUGAGGACACCUGAACGGCGGUCAGCUACAGCAAGAUUGAUGUGUUAAACGUUGUGGUCAAAAACAUGACGGUGGCCCGUUUGCGGGUGGCGGAAAUGGAAAUGUCACGAGUAAACCCCUAACCUUCAGCUAGAACCUGUAGACGUAAAGUCGGGGCCGAUAGCCGAAGUCAGACUUGCGACUUAAUUGUCCAAGGGCCUGAUAGCCUCGAAUUUAUUGUGGAUUAUUGCGUGAAAAUGACUAUUUGUGUAUUUUGGGUAAAUAAAGUUCUUUUUCUUC